AUGGAGAAAAUCUUCCAUAAACCACGAAUGCUGAAAAUAAAAAGGCGGAGUUGUCUGAAUCUUCAAAAAAUCUGGGUAUUUAAAAGAGCCGAUCGGGCUCAUUUUUCAUCUGAAAUAUUCAAGAUGGUAAACUACAAACUGACCUACUUCGAUACUCGUGGACUUGCUGAAGCAUCACGUCAAGUUUUUCAUUUGGCUGGAGUUAAAUUCGAAGAUGUCAGAAUUCCAUUCGGCGAUCCAUCGUGGGAAAAAUUGAAGAAAAGUAAGUUGAAAACGGUAUUAUCUACCUCUGAUAUUUGUUGAUUUUCAGAAACACCAUUUGGACAAAUUCCGGUUUUGAGUGUUGAUGGAUUCGAGAUUCCACAAUCAAUGGCGAUUCUCAGAUAUCUUUCAAGAAAAUUUGGAUUUGCUGGAAAAACACCAGAAGAAGAAGCAUGGGUUGAUGCAAUUGUUGAUCAAUUCAAAGAUUACAUAGUUUCCUUCAGACAACUUAUUGUCGCAGUUCGUGAAAAGAAAUCAGUUGAUGAAAUCGAGAAAAUCAGAAAAGAAAUCAGUGAUCCAGCAAAAGAAAGCUACUUCAAAAUUUUGAAUGGUAUCUUGACCAAAUCAAAAUCUGGAUUCUUGGUUGGAGACAGUGUUACUUUUGCCGACUUAGUCGUUGCUGACAAUUUGGUGACUUUGGAGAAAAAUGGAGAAUUCAACAGAUCCGAACAACCAAAGCUCACUGCUCUUUUGGAAAAAGUCCACAACUUGCCAAAACUCAAAAAAUACAUUGGAUCACGCCCAGAUACUCAAUUUUAA